AUGCCGCCCUCCCAGCGCCGAGUGCUGAUCAUCGGCGGGAGCUUCUCCGGCUUAGCAGCGGGCCGAGACUUGGGGAGCCAUUACUUGGUGACUUGGACGAGGGCUGAGUAUUUCGAGUACACCCCGGGAGUCUUGCGUGCCUACGUCAAACCAAAGCACUUGGACGCGCUGACUUUUACUUUGCAGCCAGUGAUUGAGACUCGCAUGGGCUGCAAGUACAUUUGGGGCGAAGUGAAGGAGUUGAACGGUGCGGAGAAGACGGCCACCUACAAGCCAAUCUUCACCAGUGAGAGAGAAACCAUUGACUUCGACUACUGCAUCAUUGCGGCGGGCUGCAAUUUCGGCCCUUUCCACAAGUGGGGCGAGUCACUGUGGUUCCCGACCAUCCACGAGGAUGCGCGCCCGGAAGGCUCUUGGCCUCACCUGGAUGAGCGCUACUUGGAAGGCCGCAGGCGACACGUCCUCGAAGAGUUCAACUUCCUGAAGAGCUUGAACGACAAGUCGGCCACCUGCCUGGUGGUCGGCGCUGGCUUCAUCGGUGUGGAGUGGGCCACGGAGAUUCAGCACUUUUUCCCCAGGGUGAAGUUGACCAUCAUUGAUUUCUUGCCACAGCCGCUGGGUCCUCUGCCAGCUUCGGCAGCCAAAUACUGUGAGACUUGGAACGAAGGUGCGGCCACGUGCUGCACCUGGAUUGUGGAGAAGUACAUGAACAAGGUUGGCAUCAAGCAGUUCUACAACACCAAGUACGAUGCCAAGAAUACUGAGUUCUGGAAGAGCAUCGAUUUGCCCAACGGUGCGGACAAGGAGUACGUGUGCAUCGGUGUGAAGGCGUCCAACUACUUCAUGCCAAAGGAGACCCUGAGCGAGAAGGGACCUGGUGGCGGAGGCAAGAAGCCAGACGAUUGGCCGAUUCCACCCAUCCCAAAGAUCUCCUACCCCGGUGAGGAGAUGUGCAUUGUCGCCUGCACCAACAUCGAGAAGACCGACAGGCUGCUCUUCCAGAGCAAGACGGUUGAUUGCUGUGGAGACCCAUUGAAGGUUUGGGACAUGCACUGGCCAUGGGGUGCCGGGAUGUUCGCCACAUCCUUGGGCCCAGAUGACGCUUGCUUCGUGGCUGGCGCCAAUUGGCAGAAGAACUCCGGCCUCAUGUGCGUUUGGGGUCAGGUCUGUGCCGUGCAGAAGGAGUUCAUUGAAGCCUCCAAGACGGAUGCUUGGUCCGUUUUGGAUGAGUGCGCCUAUGGCUUCAUUGGCCGCUGCAUUUGGUACUUCGUCCACCACACGCCGGUGCACCUUUUCGGCGGUGGCCCACGCUGGGGUGUCUCGGCGGAAACGCGCAGCCAAGGGACGUGUGCUUCUUUGGACCGGCUUGUUUGGUGCUCUUUUGGUGGAUGCUUUGACGGAAGCGUUGGCUCUGGUGAUUGGUGCUAG